AUUGGACUGAAGUAGAAUCCAGUAAAUGUCAACCAGCACUAGAAUGCCACUUGUUAAAGGACAAAGGCAUGGAAACAGGAACUAAAAAUUCUGUUGAUGUAAAUGUUCUAGACGCAAUUAUGAAGCAGCGUCAACUUGACGUUCUAGAAGCAUGUGGAAGUCUUAGUCACCAAGACAGGGAGUCCAUAGCAUCCUCAAAGAAUAUAGUUGUUAACAGACAGCUUGGGAUCUUGUUCUGCCUGGUGCCGAAGGUUGCAUCAACAACAUGGACGACAAUUUUGUUAGCUCUGGCAAAGGAUGUACCCAUAUCAUCAAUUGACUCAGAGAUGCAGUGGCAACAAUGGCGAAAGUAUUUUAAACCAUUAAACAAGUUACCAAGAUAUGAACAAACUAAAAUUUUGAAAAACUUUUAUAAGUUUAUGUUCGUUCGCGACCCGAUUAGCCGGCUAAGGUCAGCUUGGAAAAGUAAAAUGACGGGAAACCAACCAUAUUUUGAGGAGUAUUAUGGAAAGUUUAUCCGAAAUAUGUAUCGAGGUAAUACAUCUGAGGAGAAACAAAACAAUAGCAAUGGUGUAACUUUUCAUGAAUUUGCUCAAUACGUUGUUGAUAUACCUGAAAUAUCUGUGGCAGAUCCACAUUGGCGGCC